UUUGAAACUUGCUUGUGAAUAUCGAGUCUUUAUCCAAGGAAAUGGUCAGCUCAUGCUGGAGACCGUCUUUUGAAGGACAGGAAAGCCGUAAGCAUGGGGAAGUUGGAGGGAGAUUCGAUGGGUUAAUGUGGAGCAAAAGCUUAGGGAAUCAUGCCCAGGGGGAAUACUCCAUGGCGGUUAUUCAGGCCAACAAUUUGUUGGAGGAUCAAAGCCAGCUUGAAUCGGGACAGCUGAGUUUCACCGAUUCUGGGCCCUUCGGAACGUUUGUUGGCAUCUAUGAUGGCCAUGGUGGGUCUGAGGCUUCACAGUUUGUCCGCGACAAUCUGUUCUGCAACAUGAAGAAAUUGGUGUCCGAGCAUCAAGAGGUCAGCGCAAAUGUCAUUAAGAAGGCUUUCUCGGCAACCGAAGAGGGUUUUCUCUCUAUGGUAAAGAAACAUUGGCGUAGCAGACCACACAUUGCGGCUGCCGGAUCAUGUUGUCUGGUUGGCGUCAUAAGCAACGGGACUCUAAUUGUCGGAAAUGCUGGGGACUCCAGGGCGGUACUAGGGAGAGCAGAGAAGAACUCCAAAAGAAUAACACCCAUCCAGUUAUCGGAAGAGCACAAUGUGAAUAUCGAUGCCGUGAGAGAGGAAGUCCAAUCCCUACAUCCCCAUGAUCAACAGAUCGUGACGCUCAAACAUAGAGUUUGGCGUGUUAAGGGACUCAUACAGGUCUCAAGAUCGAUUGGAGAUGCAUACCUGAAAAGGACAGAGUUCAAUCGAGAGCCUUUGCCUAACAAGUUCAGACUGCCUGAGCCGUUUCUCAAGCCAAUCUUGAAUUCAGAGCCGUCGGUAUCGGUGCACCAACUCCAGCCUGAAGACCACUUCCUCAUUUUCGCAUCUGAUGGUCUUUGGGAGCAUUUGAGCAAUCAAGAUGCCGUCGACAUUGUCAAGAACUACCCUCGCAAGGGAAUUGCAAGGAGGCUGAUUGAAGAGGCACUGAAAGAAGCAGCAAAGAAGAGGGAAAUGAGGUACUCGGACAUGAAAAGGAUCGAGAGCGGAGUGAGGAGGCACUUCCAUGACGAUAUAAGCGUCGUCGUUCUGUUUCUCGAUCCACGGUUAGUUAGUGCUAAGAGCUCAUUACAACGAUCCGUGUCGAUACAGGGAGCAGGAUGGGCCUCUGCACCUGCUGCUGACUCCUAGGACUCGGCAAACGGCCAGGGUCUAUCCCUUGCCAACGAGUCUCACCUCUCACUUCCUUAAUGAUGGGUUGGAUUUCCUUGAGGACCAUUAAGAGGAGCCCUCAAGGACCAAAUCCCAAAGCUAAAACCUUGUCAUGCAAAUUAAUAUGAUUGGAAAAGAGAACAGCAUUGCAAUCCAACACCGAAAAAGAGACAAAAACAGAGAAAAGUUUGUUUGAUUGAUAUUCAUCCGAUCAAUACAUAUGGGAGAAAUCCCGGGGGAACGAUUUGUCGACAAACGCCUCCAAUCUCUUAGUUGAAAGUAUGUUGGGAUCUACCGACAAAUGUAGAUAAAGAUCGUAUCCGAUUUCCUCAACACGUUUUGAUUGCUUGAUAAAUUAAGCUCGGAGAUUGAAAUUUGAAGAU